UUUUUGCACGCUUUGCAGUUUUUGAGGACGCUUUCGGGGCGCAGCCAUUGUUUUUUGACAGAUAGACUGUACACGCCGCUUUUAUUGGAAAAAUGAACUUUGUUAAACAAACCCAAUAACCAUUUUAUAUAAGCACUAAAAAGAUCUUUAAUACGCGAAAAGAACUCAAUUAAAAUCGAUACGAACCGAUGUAAAAAUAAUAUUCGUAACUUGGUUUUGUAAUUCUUAAUGGUACGACAAGAUUUUAAAAUAAAUACGUAACGGACUUGAAAAUAAUUCGUUAUUACGAAAAUACGACCCUUAUCUGGAGCUCUGAUACACAGAAUACUGCGUAAUAGAAUAUUUGGACUUGAUUUGGGCCAUGAAAUACCAAUGCAGUCAGCUUUUAAUUCAUUAUGAUGCGUCUAUCGCUAGCAAUUAGCGACCCCUAUCAUAAAAACACCAAGGUGUAAAUGCCCGAUAAAAUCAAUAAUUUGCUGAUUGAUCACUGAUCAGGUGUAAAAACAACACUGGAUCACUCGACUAGUAGAUAUGGUUUGUUAAUUAGGGGGCAAUAAAGGAAUAAGCGAUGUUAAUUUAAGCCAGACGGCACUUGAAUAGCAAAUUUUAUUAUGACCUUAUAGAACAUUAUAUCGUUUUGCACGAAUGUCGGGACAAAUUGUGUCACAUCGAGACACCUGGACAAAUACCCCCAAAACAGGACUGUCCCGCCAAGAUCGGGACGUCUGGCAUGAAUGUGAGCAAUGCAAGAAAUCACAAAAGAAUAGAGCUUUCUGUUAUUUCUGCAACAGUUUGCAAAGACUGCCCGUGUGCGGUGCUUGUGGAAAGCAGAAAUGCAUGAUGAAGACUGGUGACUGUGUCAUCAAGCAUGCUGGCCAGUAUGUUACAGGUCUUGCCAUGGUGGGUGCAAUAUGUGACUUCUGUGAAGCGUGGGUUUGCCAUGGACGCAAGUGCCUGACCAGCCAUGCCUGUACAUGCCCCCUGAUGGACGCUGUGUGCAAGGAGUGUGAAAGAGCAGUGGCCGAACAGGGAGGCAGGUUUUUUGAGUGUUCGUUCUGCCACAAUUUUCUGUGUGAAGACGACCAGUUUGAACAUCAGGCCAUGUGUCAGCAGCUAGAUUCAGAUUCAUACAAAUGUGGUUCCUGCAAUAAGUUGGGGCAGUAUUCAUGCUUGAGGUGCAAGAUCUGUUUCUGUGAUGACCACGUAAAGAGGAAGGGGUUCAAAUACGCUCGGGGUCAGGACUACCCCUGCCCAAAGUGUGGCCACGAAACCAAAGAGACCAAGGAGCUCAGCAUGACUGCUCGGUUAUAUAACUAUGGGCGUCAGGGAGGGCAGGAGGGUGCUUCUCGAGGGUAUUUCCGUGACGACGAUGGUGUUGAUGAUGAGUACACACCAUACAAGGUGGAGGAGUACCAGUUCACGGGCUUUGGAGGAGUCAGAUAUGAGGGAGGUGAUGAUGAUGAUGAUGAUGAUGAUGAUGAUGACGACGACGAUGAUGACACAGAAGAAGAUGAUGAGGAUGAAGAAGAUGAGGAUGAAGAUGAGGAAGAGGAGGAUGAACCUUCAGACAAAGAAGCUGAUGAUAAGAAGCUAGCGGACAAGACUGAGAAGGACCUCACAGUGUAAUUGCUUUCCUGGCCUGGCAUAUUACGCAGUGGAGAUUGGAUACAUGAGAAAAUCACCAACAAUAUUUUUAAAAAUAAAUUAUCUUUAAUUAUUUAUACAAUGUAUAUAAAAACAGUUGUGUAAAAAUGUAUAUUUAAAUAAAAUCUGUUAAGAUUAA